AUGGGAUUUUGGCCGUUCGGUGGACGGAAGAACGCCCGCGACACCCGACCACAUCUUCAACGGCCGCAUACAUUCGGCGCAAAAGAGGAAAAGGACCUGACGGUAAGGUCAGGCUCAGAAAGUGCCGAAGAGAGGGGAAAUAUGGCGCGCAAUCAGAACGCUCGAAGUCCGGAUGACAGACCCCGGAGGCUGUCGAAGCAAAGACUUCCUAAGAACGUGUCGCGGGGCCAGACUGCUCCAGUAAGCGGUCCUGCUUCGGAGACGUGGAAUGGGAGAAGAAGCUCGGCCAUCGAACCAAGAGCGCAUCAAGGACAAGAAGGGUACUCCCAAGACCCUACUUCUCCGUUGAGUGUUGGGUCGGAGGAGUUUACAGCCUUGCCGCAGGCUCCGACACUGUUGGCCAGACGUGGCACGUACGAUCCGACUUUGACGCGGAGGAAAUCAAGCAAGAGGAAAGCGGAGGACUAUGCUCGGGAGCGAGAGAUUCGCGCCAUGAGCUCCCCAGAGUAUAGACUGAAACGACCGGCAUCUUACUCGGGCUCCGGGCCAUUACGUCGCGAUACACAGAACAUCCCUGGAGAUUUCAACCGCCGGCUCCAAAGACCCAAUUCCAAGGUCUCGUUGCCACUACCUGAAGUGAUACAAGAUGCCGAAGAUUUUGAGAACCAGGGGUCGUUCAAGGUGGGAAUUUUGGCCGCUUUGACACCUCGGCCGACUCUCACCUAUGUCAGUAAUCCUCGCUCAUCGACCGGUAAGCAACCCGCAAGAUUAAAGCCUUCGGUCCAGGAAGCCAUUGAGGAAGAAGCCCCUUCCUCCAGAAAGCGCAUCGACGAGCUCGCGGAUGACCUAGAUGCCGGUGCUCUGAGAGAAUUAAUGGAUCGAGAUCGAAGACGGCACGAAAGGAAGAAAGCCGCCGACCGAGAACGUUUACAGCGGAAGCUACAACGCAAAGCUGAUCGACAGCGAGAGGAGGAAUUGAGGGGCCGUCCUAUCGCAGCAUCAUCUACCGGAUCUGCAGACCUCGGCACCGAAGCCGAAGAGCAGAGAGGUCGGAGGCUUCGUGAUCGGAGUGCAGGUAGUUUAGAAAUGGACGGAACUGCUGCGCCACGCAUUGACCAAGAACGACCAGUCAAUCCCUUCAAAGAAGACCCUUUGCGUGGGAACGAUUUUAGUUCUUCUCAGAAGAGGCCCCCAAAUCGCAUUAGAAACCCAUUCGAGGAUGAGAAGGAAGUUGACAUCAUGCAAGACCCCUCCACUCAGGACGAGGACGAAGGCUCCGUCGUACCAGUUAGAUCACCUCUCCGGACUAUAUCACCACUAAAAACACAGGUCAACCAACAGCCUCUGCAGGCUGCGACCAUCUCGCCACCUACCUCUCCGGUUCAUCAACCCUCCGACCUCCACAGCUUGUCUCAGACAUCUGGACUCACGCGCAAGAUUACCCCCGAUGUCCUAGAACAAGAACCUACUCUUCGGCGAGCUUCGGAUCAAAGCAGUCAACAACAGCAAAUCAGCUCGUGGACAAACUUCUUCAAGCGUGGAACCAGGCGAAAGCCGAGUGCAGCAAAGCGUGGCAGAAGUACGCCUUCAGAGUUCUCUAACACCUCUCGUGAGUCGUUUGUCCGCAAGCAGCAGCCCCCUCCAGUUGUUGUUCCGCGUACAUUCAGAAAAUCCAACUCGACAGGAGUUCCUCAACGAACAAUGUCCAGAUUUCGAGAAGACCUCCCAGAGUUUCCUAUCUCCCCGCCAGACUCGCGUGUGCAGUCUCCCGAGGCUAUCACCUCGGCUCAAGCGAUUGGUGGCCAACAUACUGUUCCUCCGUCGCAUUCUGGAACGCAGGACGCCAUGAGUCUGGCCACCACCUCCAGCAAUCCCGCGAUGGAAGUCCAGCAGUUACAAAGUGGGGAAAGAGAUGCUAGCGCGGCACCCGUCUCUGGGGUCGUAUUAUCUCAGUCUCUUGCGUCAGUCGACUCGGAAGGCUCAUGGCUCUCUGGUAAACCUGCCAAGAGGAUGUCUGGUGGCGUGAGCCAUCCACUCCGUCAAAGUGUUUCUUCAAUAACCCCAAAUGCUGUCCCCGGCAGUUUUGAGACCGAGGAAGAAGAGCUCGCGCAUGACGAAUAUUACAACAGACUAACUCCAGCACCUGCUGCCCGCCGGGAUUCCGGAGGAUCAGUUGGGCGCAGGGCAAGUAGCAACAUCAUCGAUUUGGAACGAGAACGACAGCACAGCCCUAUUCCAGAUGUUCCACCCGUUCCUGCCGUUCGAGGUGGUGACGAGACCUGGCACGCCGGUCUUGGACGACAGGCUACUGUGGUGCGUCAAGCUUCAAGAGCUAAAUCCCGUGAAGGACUUUUGAAGGAUUACGGUGCGGAGUCAUCCGACGGAUCUCGAAGGCCUAGUUUAGAUGGAGAUGACGAAGCUAGCGACGGCGAGAUGCUCGAGGCACUAAUACCCGGGACGGAACUGGCAGGAGCACCAAUUCUACGAGCACGAAGCGUGGAGUACAAAGGCCAUGCUCGGCAGAUCAGUGCCGGGAGUGCAAAAUUACUGAAUAUCCGAAGAGCAUCGUCUGUGUCACAAGCCAGUACAGCUCAACGAAGCCCGGGUUUGGCUCCUAAGAAGACGAUGCUUGAAAAUCGAUCACAAUCACCUCCCAGACAGCCCUAG